GAAGGAAGAGAAGGAAGAGAAGGAAGAGAGGGAGGCGAGGCUGCCUCCUCCUGCGCGCAAAGAGGCCUCUGGCUCCGUGGGGCGAAGAGCAGGGAAAAGGGGAAGGAGGCACCGGCGAGGAGGGGCCGGAGGGGCCUGGGGGAGGGACUCCGAAGCCGAGACCGACCCGCCUCGGGCACCGGCAGCCGGAGCCAGCCGAGCCGAGCCUUUGCGUCCUGGAGCGGAGGAGGCGCACGGAGACAGAGAGACUUGGAAGCAGCCGCCUUUCUCCUCUUCGGAGCCUUUCCUCUCCUUCCUUUCCUCUUUCUCCACCAUCCAGGCAACCUUGGGAGUCUUCCCUCUCUCCCUUCUUCCAUUGGCUCGAGCCACACUCACGCCCGAGCCCCCCAAAACCCACCCUAUUGUUUCCCUCCGGAGUGCUGCUCGUUUGCUGCUUUCGUGCGGCGUUGGAUACCCAUCGGAGGGAUAUUUUGGGACCCUCCUGCUCCGAAGAAGAGGCUCUUCAGGGGGGCUAAGGACCAAAGAAGGGCCCCUUCCUCAAUCUUCCCACCCAGAAGUGUUUGGAUGCCUCUGCCCUGGAGAGCAAAGAACUGAGCAGAUCCAAGCGAGAAGAAGUCCAUCUCCCGUUUGCCCAGCGAGGCCCAAGGUCCAAGUCCUCAUGGAGUCCGGGAGCAGCGUUUCCAACCUGUAGCCACAGAUCUGGGAUGUUGACGUGGAAGUGCCUCCUCCUUUGGGCUGUGCUGGUCACAGCCACACUGACCACGGCGAGGCCAGCGCAAACCCUGCCAGAGCAAGUUCUGCCCAAAACAAGCAUUGAAGUGGAGUCGUUGUCGGCUCAUCCCGGGGACCCCCUCCAGUUGCGCUGCCGGCUCCGCGAUGAUGUUCAGAGCAUCAACUGGGUCCGAGACGGGGUCCAGCUGGCCGAGAACAACCGGACACGCAUCACAGGGGAGGAGGUGGAGGUCAGGGACGCUGUGCCCGAGGACUCCGGGCUCUAUGCUUGCAUGACCAACAGCCCCUCGGGAAGCGAGACCACCUACUUCUCCGUUAACGUCUCAGAUGCUCUUCCAUCCGCUGAAGAUGACGACGACGACGACGAUUCCUCCUCGGAGGAGAAGGAGGCAGACAACUCCAAACCGAACCAAGCGAUUCCACCUUACUGGACUUAUCCAGAGAAGAUGGAGAAGAAGCUCCACGCAGUCCCGGCUGCCAAGACAGUGAAGUUUAGAUGCCCCUCCAGUGGGACCCCCACCCCUUCGUUGCGCUGGCUGAAGAAUGGCAGGGAAUUCAAACCCGACCAUCGUAUCGGGGGGUACAAGGUUCGCCAUGCCACCUGGAGCAUCAUCAUGGAGUCGGUUGUGCCAUCGGAUAAAGGCAACUACACCUGCGUCGUGGAGAACAAAUACGGAACUAUCAACCACACCUAUCAGCUGGAUGUUGUUGAGCGAUCCCCUCACCGUCCCAUUUUGCAAGCUGGCCUCCCAGCAAACAAGACCGUCUCCUUGGGGAGCAACGUGGAGUUUGUUUGCAAAGUCUACAGUGACCCUCAGCCGCACAUCCAGUGGCUGAAGCACAUUGAGGUCAAUGGGAGCAGGAUUGGGCCCAACAACUUGCCUUAUGUACAGGUCCUGAAGCACUCGGGGAUUAAUAGCUCUGAUGCGGAGGUGCUGACCCUGUAUAAUGUGACAGAGGCUGAGAGCGGGGAGUAUGUGUGUAAGGUUUCCAAUUAUAUUGGUGAGGCUAACCAGUCUGCGUGGCUGACCGUCACCAGACCCAUGGCUGAAGCCAUGGAAGACAAGCCUGCGAUGAUGACCUCCCCGCUGUACCUGGAGAUCAUUAUAUACUGCACAGGGGGGUUCCUCAUCUCCUGCAUGAUUGUGACGGUCCUCCUCUACAAGAUGAAGAGCACCACCAAGAAGACCGACUUCAACAGCCAGCUGGCGGUGCACAAGCUGGCCAAGAGCAUCCCUCUGCGCAGACAGGUAACAGUAUCGGCUGACUCGAGCUCUUCCAUGAAUUCCGGUGUAAUGCUCAUGCGCCCCUCGCGGCUUUCUUCCAGCGGGACUCCAAUGCUGGCGGGCGUUUCCGAGUACGACCUGCCAGAAGACCCUCGCUGGGAGCUACCCAGAGACAGGCUGAUUUUGGGUAAACCAUUGGGAGAAGGCUGCUUCGGGCAGGUGGUUCUCGCAGAGGCAAUCGGCCUGGACAAAGACAAACCCAACCGAGUCACUAAAGUGGCCGUAAAGAUGCUCAAAUCAGAUGCCACGGAAAAAGAUCUCUCUGAUUUGAUUUCUGAGAUGGAGAUGAUGAAAAUGAUUGGCAAGCACAAGAACAUCAUCAACCUCCUCGGGGCUUGCACGCAGGAUGGUCCCCUCUAUGUGAUAGUGGAGUAUGCCUCCAAAGGGAACCUGCGGGAAUACCUGCAGGCCCGGCGCCCCCCAGGCAUGGAAUAUUGCUACAACCCCACCCACCUCCCUGAUGAGCAGCUCUCCUUCAAAGACCUGGUCUCCUGUGCCUAUCAAGUGGCCCGCGGCAUGGAAUACCUGGCCUCCAAAAAGUGCAUCCACCGGGAUUUGGCUGCCAGGAAUGUGCUGGUGACAGAAGACAGUGUGAUGAAGAUUGCCGAUUUUGGCUUGGCGCGAGAUAUCCAUCACAUAGAUUACUACAAGAAGACGACCAAUGGUCGUUUGCCGGUCAAAUGGAUGGCCCCUGAGGCUUUGUUUGACAGGAUAUAUACUCAUCAGAGUGAUGUGUGGUCCUUUGGAGUUCUGCUGUGGGAGAUCUUCACGUUGGGUGGAUCGCCUUAUCCAGGGGUUCCCGUGGAAGAACUCUUCAAGCUGCUGAAAGAGGGCCAUCGAAUGGACAAGCCCAGCAACUGCACCAAUGAACUGUAAGUCCCAUGUUCUAGCUUUUCCGGGAGAGCAGAGGGCAGCCAGCAUCAUCA